UCCAGUCCGCUUUAUUGUCAUAAUGGUGGGACAUGUAACACAAUAAACGGAGGAGCAGGAUAUACAUGUAGCUGUGCAGACGGUUGGACGGGAUCAAACUGUGAAGAAAUAGAUUGCUCCAGUCCGCUUUAUUGUCAUAAUGGAGGGACAUGUCACUUGAUUAACGGAGGAGAUGGAUAUACAUGUAGCUGUGCGGAUGGUUGGAUGGGAUCUAAUUGUGAACAAAUAGAUUGUUCAAGCCCUCUGUAUUGUCAUAAUGGAGGAACAUGUAACUCAAUAAAUGGAGGAGCAGGAUAUGCAUGUAGUUGUGCUGACGGUUGGAUGGGAUCAAACUGUGAACAAAUAGAUUGCUCGAGUCCGCUUUAUUGUCAUAAUGGAGGGACCUGUCACUCGAUCAACGGAGGAACAGGAUAUACAUGCAGCUGUGCUAAUGGUUGGAUGGGACCUAAUUGUGAACAAAUAGAUUGUUCAAGCCCUCUAUAUUGUCAUAAUGGAGGAACAUGUAACUCAAUAAAUGGAGGAGCAGGAUAUACAUGUAGUUGUGCUGACGGAUGGAUGGGAUCAAACUGUGAACAAAUAGAUUGCUCGAGUCCGCUUUAUUGUCAUAAUGGAGGGACUUGUCACUCGAUCAACGGAGGAACAGGAUAUACAUGUAGUUGUGCUGAUGGUUGGAUGGGACCUAACUGCGAACAAAUAGAUUGUUCCAGUCCACUUUAUUGUCAUAACGGAGGAACAUGUAACGUGAUUAAUGGUGGGACAGGAUACUCGUGUAGCUGUGCUGAUGGUUGGAUGGGAUCUAACUGUGAACUCAUUGAUUGUUCCAGUCCGCUUUAUUGUCAUAAUGGAGGGACCUGUCACUCGAUCAACGGAGGAACAGGAUAUACAUGUAGCUGUGCUAAUGGUUGGAUGGGACCUAACUGUGAACAAAUAGAUUGUUCAAGCCCUCUAUAUUGUCAUAAUGGAGGAACAUGUAACUCAAUAAAUGGAGGAGCAGGAUAUACAUGUAGUUGUGCUGACGGAUGGAUGGGAUCAAACUGUGAACAAAUAGAUUGUUCCAGUCCACUUUAUUGUCAUAACGGAGGAACAUGUAACGUGAUUAAUGGUGGGACAGGAUACUCGUGUAGCUGUGCUGAUGGUUGGAUGGGAUCUAACUGUGAACUCAUUGAUUGUUCCAGUCCACUUUAUUGUCAUAACGGAGGAACAUGUAACUUGAUUAACGGUGGGACAGGAUACUCGUGUAGCUGUGCUGAUGGUUGGAUGGGAUCCAACUGUCAACUUAUCGAUUGUUCCAGUCCACUUUACUGCCAUAAUGGGGGAACAUGUAACUUGGUUAACAGUGGGACAGGAUAUACAUGUAGCUGUGCAAACGGUUGGAUGGGAUCUAACUGUGAACUUAUUGAUUGUUCGAGCCCGCUUUAUUGCCAUAAUGGGGGAACAUGUAACUUGAUAAACGGAGGAGCAGGAUAUACAUGUAGCUGUGCAAACGGUUGGAUGGGGUCUAACUGUGAACUUAUUGACUGCUCAAGCGCUAAGUAUUGCCUCAAUGGUGGAACAUGUUUUCACAUAAAUGGUGGUUAUGAUUACAUGUGCUCAUGUUCUUAUGGAUGGACAGGUUCAAACUGUGAAAACAUUGAUGUGUGUACACCUUACACAGAUGCAGACAUAGCAUUUGUUGUUGACGUCUCUGAGAGUGAAGGAAAUGAAACAUUUGAAGAACAGAAAGAAUUCAUGAAGAAUUUCAUCUCAAAAUUUCCCGUUGGUCCUCUUGAUUAUCGAUACCAGUUUAGUGCAGUGACAUUUUCAUCAGAACCAAUCGUACAUUUUUACCUCAACGAUUACCAAGAUAACGAUACGCUAUUAGCCGCCGUUGAUGCUAUAGAAAUGAAGAACGAGGGUCCAAGUUUCACUGGAAAAGCGUUACAGAAAGUAAAGGACGAUGUAUUCAGCACUUCUAAAGGAGCAAGAAGUUCUGUCGAACGUUAUGUUAUUGUGCUUACUGAUGGACUAUCCUCCGACCCAAGUGAUACAAAACUUCAGGCUGCAUACUUGAAAUCUAUCGGUGUCAGGAUAUAUGCGAUAGCAGUAGGGCGUUUUGUAAAUCACGAAGAAUUAUUGGACAUAGCCACAUAUCCGAGGCACGUGUUUCCUAUGUAUACGUCGGAUGCUCUGCAAAAUCUCCUCAAGUAUACCAUGUUCGGAUGUUCAAAUUGCACAAAUGAAGUGUCCGAUGUUGCCAUAGUUAUGGAUGUAUCGCCGACCAUCGGGGCGACGAAUUUCGAGACACAAAUGCAAGCUGCAGCUCAUUUGAUAAAGCAGUCAAAUGUUGGAUCAGACGCUAUACAGUUUAGUUAUACAACUUUUUCCGAGCAGUACAAAACUAUAUUUCAGUUUGACCAGUUUGAUAAUGGACCAGCUCUUAUAUCAAAGAUUAACACUGGUACUAAAGUAGCGGUGAACAGUAAUACAGACGUGUAUAAUAUUUUAACACAUCUAUCAUCAGAAGGGUUUUCUGUUUCAAAGGGUGCGCGGCUUAAAUCCAGAAAAGUGGUCAUUAUUUUCUCUCCCGGAAACGUGGCUGAUCUAACGUUAGUUAAGAGCGAGUCUCAGCGCCUAAAAGAUUCAGGCCAUCUCUUGAUCACAGUCGGUGCUGGGUUAGCCGCCAAUAUAACUAAUUUAGUAGAAAUCUCAUCGAAUUCCGCCUUCACGUAUAUUCUUGGCGAUGAUGUUUACCAAGACAUACGUAUUUUAGAUUCACUUCAGAGCGUGCUUGAAUAUAGUUAUUGCACACAUGUGUGCAUUGAGUGGAAAAUUACAUUUAUCGGUUGUCAUAUCCAGUAUGCAAUCAAUCGAUCAGUGAGACUGAUUUGUGGUGAUACGCCAUUUUUCAGUACCCGGUGGUUUCCCGAUGAAUCGAUUAAAAUAGUUCAUUACUACUUUUACGUCUUCAAAGAAGGGAGUGAAAUGUUGGCUCUAUUCCUAUACAUUGGUGUUGUUAACUUUCUUGCUGUCAAAGGCGGAGGACCGCACUAUUGUGAAUCUCCAGCUAGAGACCCAUGUCAAAACGGAGGAACGUGCAACCGCUACAACAGCGGCUAUACAUAUACCUGCUCGUGUUGGGCGGGGUAUACAGGCAGACACUGUGAACAGAUUGAUGUAUGUUAUCCCUACAGAGAUGCGGACAUAGUUUUUGUUGUUGAUACUUCUGAGAGCGAAGGAAAUGAAACAUUUGAGAAGCAGAAAAGUUUUAUAAAGAGUUUCACCUCCAAAUUCCCCGUUGGUCCGUACAGUUACAGGUACCAGUUCAGCGUGGUGACAUAUUCACUGGAACCAGUCGUUCACUUUUAUCUCGGUGAUUACCAAGAUAACAAUACCAUAAUAGCUGCUGCCGUCGAUGCUAUUGAAGUGAAUGUUGGUGGUCCAAGUUUCACUGGAAAAGCAUUGAAGACGGUAAAUGACAACGUGUUUGAUCCUGCAGUUGGUGCAAGAAGUUCCGUUGAGCAUUAUGUUAUUGUUUUAACUGACGGACACUCUUCCGACCCUACUGAUACCAUACUUCAGGCUGCAUACUUGAAGUCUAACGGUGUCAAGAUCUAUGCGAUAGCAGUAGGAAGUUCCGUGAAUCACGAAGAAUUACUGGAAAUAGCAACGUAUCCGAAACACGUGUUUACGAUGUAUACAUCAGAUGCUUUACAGAAUCUUCUGAAGUACACUAUGUUUGGAUGUUCAGACUGCACAAAUGAAGUAGCUGAUGUUGCCAUAGCAAUGGAUAUCACGUCGUCCAUCGGGGUAAAGAAUUUCAACACACAAAUACAGGCUGUAGCGUACUUGAUAAAACAGUCAAAUGUUAGCGCAGAUGCUGUGCAGUUCAGUUACACAACCUUUUCUGAACAUUACCAAACCAUAUCUGACUUUAAUCACUUUGAUAAUGGACCUGAACUCAUAUCAAUGAUCAACACUAAAACUAGAAUGAAGUUGAACAGUAAUUCAAAUGUGUCAAGCAUUCUAGAAUACUUGUCAUCAGACGGAUUUUCAGUUAUCAAGGGUACGCGACCGCAUUCUAGAAAAGUUGCCGUCAUUUUCUCAUCGGGAAAUGUUGAAGACUUGACAUUAGUUAAGAGUCAGUCAAAAAAGCUUAAAGAUUCUGGUCAUCUCGUUGUAACUAUUGGUGUAGGAUUAUCUGCCAAUGCGACUAAUUUAGUGGAAAUAUCAUCGGAUCCUGCGCUUACCUUUAUUCUUGGAGAUGAUGUAUUUCAAGACAUAAGAAAUUUAGAUGCACUCCUAAGUAUAUUGGAAUACAGCUUUUGUUCACAUAUCUGUGAAAAGGGUGGCAAUAAUCCAUGUGUACAAGGAGAUUGCACGUCAAACGACAACGGCCACGCUCAUUAUCAAUGCAGUUGUUACGCAGGAUGGACAGGUUAUAACUGCGAUCAGAUCGAUUGUUCGAGUCCAUUGUACUGUCAUAAUGGAGGAACAUGUUAUUUGAUAAACGGAAGAACAGAUUAUCGAUGUGGGUGUGCUGAUGGCUGGAGAGGAUCUAACUGUGACCAAAUAGAUUGUUCGAGUUCAAGGUACUGCCGGAAUGGAGGAACGUGUAUCUUGAACAACGGUGGAACAAGCUACCGAUGUAAUUGUGCAAAUGGAUGGAUGGGAUCUAACUGCGAGAAAGUUGAUUGUUCCAGUCCAAUAUAUUGUCGUAAUGGCGGAACAUGUAACUUGAUUAACUCAGGAAGAGGGAAAACAUGUAGCUGUACUGACGGUUGGACAGGUCCCAAUUGUGAACAAAUAGAUUGUUCAAGUUCACGCUACUGUCAUAAUGGCGGAACAUGUAACUUGAUCAACGGCGGAAAAAGCUAUAGAUGUAACUGUGCUGAUGGUUGGACGGGAUCUAACUGUGAGAAAGUUGAUUGUUCUAGUCCACUAUAUUGUCAUAACGGAGGAACAUGUAAGACAUCAAAUGGAGGAACAAAACAUACUUGUACCUGUGCUGAUGGUUGGAUGGGACCAAACUGUGAACAUGUUGAUUGUUCCAGUCCGCUUUAUUGUCAUAAUGGUGGUACUUGUAACUUAAUCAAUGGAGGAAAAGGAUACGCAUGUAGAUGUGCUGGCGGUUGGAUGGGAUCUAACUGUGAACGUACUGAUUGUUCCAGUCCACUUUAUUGUCGUAACGGUGGUACAUGUAAUUUAAUCAACGGGGGAAAAGGACAUACUUGUAGCUGUGCUGACGGUUGGAGGGGAUCUAAUUGUGACCUUACUGAUUGUUCCAGUCCACUUUAUUGUCAUAACGGUGGUACAUGUAAUUUAAUCAACGGGGGAAAAGGACAUACGUGUAGCUGUGCUGACGGUUGGAUGGGAUCUAAUUGUGACCUUACUGAUUGUUCCAGUCCACUUUAUUGUCAUAACGGAGGUACAUGUAAUUUAAUCAACGGGGGAAAAAGACAUACUUGUAGCUGUGCUGACGGUUGGAUGGGAUCUAAUUGUGACCUUACUGAUUGUUCCAGUCCACUUUAUUGUCAUAACGGUGGUACAUGUAAUUUAAUCAACGGGGGAAAAGGACAUACGUGUAGCUGUGCUGACGGUUGGAUGGGAUCUGAUUGUGACCUGACUGAUUGUUCCAGUCCGCUUUAUUGUCAUAAUGGCGGUACAUGUAAUUUAAUCAACGCUGGAAAAGGGCAUACGUGUAGCUGUGCUGACGGUUGGAAGGGAUCUAACUGUGAUCUUAUUGAUUGUUCCAGUCCGCUUUAUUGUCAUAAUGGUGGUACUUGUAGCUUAAUCAACGGGGGAAAACGGUAUUCGUGUAGCUGUGCUGACGGUUGGAGGGGACCUAACUGUGAUUUAAUUGAUUGUUCCAGUCCGCUUUAUUGUCAUAAUGGUGGUACAUGUAACUUAAUCAAUGGUGGUAAAAGAUAUACAUGUAGCUGUACUGACGGUUGGAAGGGAACUAACUGUGAUGUCAUUGACUGCUCAAGUCCGAAGUAUUGCCUCAAUGGUGGAACGUGUUUACACAUAAAUAGCGGCCACGAUUACAUGUGCUCAUGUUCUUAUGGGUGGACAGGUUCAAACUGCGAGGACAUUGAUGUAUGUACACCAUACACAGAUGCAGACAUAGCUUUUGUUGUUGACGUCUCUGAGAGUGAAGGAAGUGAAACAUUUGAAGAACAGAAAGAAUUCAUGAAGAAUUUCAUAUCCAAAUUCCCCGUUGGUCCGCUUAACUAUCGCUACCAGUUUAGCGUGAUGACAUUUUCAUUGGAACCAGUAGUUCACUUUUAUCUCAACGAUCAUCAAGAUAACGAUACCCUAUUAGCCGCUGUCGAUGCUAUAAAAGUGACAAACGGGGGUCCAAGUUUCACCGGAAAAGCGUUACAGACUGUUAAAGACAGUGUGUUUGAUCCUGCAGUUGGUGUGAGAAGUUCGGUUGAACAUUAUGUUAUUGUCUUGACUGACGGGCUGUCUUCUGACCCGACUGAUACAAAACUUCAGGCUGCAUAUUUAAAGUCUAACGGUGUAAAGAUCUAUGCGAUAGCAAUAGGUCGUUCCGUGAACCACGAGGAAUUGCUGGGAAUUGCCACGUAUCCGAAGCACGUGUUUCCCAUGUAUACAUCAGAUGCUUUACAGAAUCUUCUGAAGUAUACAAUGUUUGGAUGUUCAAACUGCACAAAUGAAGUGUCCGAUGUUGCCAUAGUAAUGGAUGUCACGUCAUCCAUCGGAGUGAAGAAUUUCGACACGCAAUUGCAAGCUGCAGCUCAUCUAAUAAAACAUUCGAAUGUUGGGCCAAACGCUACCAUGUUCAGUUACACAACAUUUUCCGAACAAUACCAAGCCAUAUCUAACUUUAACCAAUUUGAUAAUGCACCUGCACUUCUAUCAACAAUCAAUGCUAACACUAAAAUGAAAUUGAACAGUUAUUCAAAUGUGUCGAGCAUUCUAGAAUACUUGUCAUCAGACGGUUUUUCAGUUGGCAAGGGCACGCGACAACAUUCUAGAAAAAUUGUCGUUGUUAUCACACCAGGAAAUGCUGAAGACCUGGCAUUAGCAAAGAGUCAGUCAAAAAGGCUUAAAGAUUCUGGCCAUUUCGUUGUAACUAUUGGAGUAGGGUUAGCUGCCAAUGUGACAAAUCUAGUGGAAAUUUCGUCGGAUCCAGCACUUACCUUUAUUCUUGGAGAUGAUGUAUAUCAAGACAUAAGAAAUUUAGACGCACUUCAGAGUAGCAUGGAAUACAGUUUUUGUACACAUAUAUGAAAAUCUAUGUCAUAUUAAUAAUGCAUAUGAAUAAAUAUUGUAAAAUGUGUAAGAAUAUCCCCUCUGAGCAUAAAAUACAACCAACAAAUAAAAUAGCAUGAAUGUUUUGAUCGAGUCUGUUCGUGAGCGGUAAGAAAUGUUAAUCAUCCUUCACUCUUCUCAGCUUAAAGUCUUGCGAAAAUCAGUUGGAAGCAUAGAGUUCAACCAAGCAGAACUAUAGCAAGGUUGAACACGGUUUGAUCGAGUCUGUUCAUAUGACAGGUAAUAAAAUAUGCAUUACACUUGACGCCGCCUGGUACUGUAUUUGUAUUGACUUACAUUACGGGAAAUGUCGUAUAUCUACUUUUCAGCAGAUAUUGCAGCGAAAGUAGCCUUGUUAAUGUUUUACUAGGCUAUAUUGAACGGUGAAAUCAAAUAUAUAAAAGGAUUAUAAAUACUUACUGAGGUAACUUAGUGAGAUGUGUUGAAUAUUUAGUUACCUCUUGUGCUCAGUUAAACUCAUCCUGCUAUUAUUUUGCUAGUUUAUUCAUCAAGUGACCUAUAAUAGGAAUUUUGCAUGUACUUAAAAUGUUUCAAGUCUGGCGAAUGGUUGUUUUAAGCAUUUAGAUAUUUUUGUGAGAAUGAGCAAUAUGAUCUCAUUUUUUGGAGGCUUUUAAUCAGAUAUCGUUUGAUGUGAUCAGUGAGGCUAACUGCUUUGGGGUAUUUUAUUCAUACAUCCUCCCAUCGUAUCAUGCAAUUUCCUUUAUUGAGCAAGCCAUAUUUCCACAAAUGUAGUCCUUGACUGUUUUAUAGAGCAUUUGCUAAAACUAAAUCGGCAUUUCCGUCAAAGUUACAUUAAUAAGUAGUUAAUCAGAUGACGGUCAUAUUAUUAUGAUUGUUAGUUAAGGGUAAGAACAAAAACAAUAAAAUCAAGGCCAAUAACCAAACAGGAACAUGCAACAUGACUUUUUUAAAAUUGAAGUGUCUACUGACCAUGUAGUUAUAUUUUUUCAUGUUGAUUAUGUGCAUUAAGAUAUGAGAAUGUAGUAUGACUGCAAUAUGAUAUUCUAUAUCUGCCAGACGACAUGAUGGUGAUGAUGAUGGCGAUGAUAUUAUAAUGGUAAUGUUUGUAUUUUAGGGUUCAACGUCGCACCGACACAAUUAUAGAUCAUAUGGCGGCUUAUAGCUUUUGUGAUGGAGGAAAACCCCAGGUGCCCCUCCGUACAUCAUUUCAUCACAGACGGGUACUUGGGUAGAACCACCCACCCCGAAUUCAACAGCCCUAGUGUGACUCGAACCACAAAGCGGAGAGGGGCAAGUGAUUUGAAGUCAGUGACCUUAACCACUCGGCCACAGAGGCCGGCGUAAUAAUAAUAAUGAUAAUAAUAAUAAUAAUAAUAAUGGCAUAUUGAAUGUUAGAUAAGAAAUUAUGAAGUAACCUACUAAUAUAGUACCAUUUAAACAUGCUAAAAUGAAACACGAAAAUGUGCAGCUCUACGUUUUGUAUUGUUGAUACAAAGGGAUUAAAGUUACACAUUUGUAUUCCAUUUGGCUUUGGUGACGUUUUGAUGGUUAUUCCAGUGAAGUUAUUUGAUAUGGAAACCGACAAUUAGGGGAUCGUGGUUAAUGAAAUUGAAACGCUUUAACCGUAAUUCAACAAAAAAUAAAACAAUUACUUAAUUAAAUACUUGAUUAAAAUCAAUUGAUUGUUGUGUGAGGGCUAGACAGAUGGAACUAUUUGACAAUUGCGUUUUUCUUUAAUUAGCACUGACGUGCCCUAAUAGGAAUGUGGCUGCGUCUUUCUAAAUAUGCCAACCUGGUUAUAUGCGUGUUUUACGUUCUUUUAGUGACAUUUACGUCAUCAAUUACCAUGUGUCAAAUGCAUGCCACCAUCAUCAGGUAAAUCAUCAUGUGACUGCGUUUAACAGACUGAAUAUCGAGGGAUGAAUGCGAAUGAAUUCGAAGUACAUACAGAAAAAGAAGCAGAUUUUUUUCGCAUUCACUCCUCGGUAUGUUGUACACAGAAGCCCUUACAUAUGUGAAGUAACGAUUAUAACAUUUUGUUCUUUCCAAUCCUAUUUUAAGAAAGCUUCUUUUGCAGUUCUCAGUUCUGUUGUUUUGUUUAAUAACGUAUAUCAUCAUUGUUUCUAUGAUGCUGGUUUUUUUUUAUAUAAUGUAUCUUAGUAGUGUUUUGUGGAGUUGUUUUGUUUAAUAACUUAUCCCAGCAGUGUUUAUAGUAAAUACAGUUAUAAGUAGUUACUGGAUUACUUGCGGUGUGGAGUCCAUGUACGAGGAAACAUUUUACGGCCGUCUGGCGACACUUGAAGACUGUUGUUGUGAUAGUUUAUGAUCCUUUGGAUUCAUAGACUGCAUGCAAGUAAAUCAAUAGUAAACCCGGUUUAAAUGAGUCUGUUUAAGACGCCAUUUGGUCUAAAAAGUCACCUUACGAUCUGUUUAAUAUAGAUAUAUGUAUAUAAUGUAUAUUGUUUUAAAGACAUUUUGCUUUUCAAAGAACUAUCGUACGAUGGAUGUACGUUGCUUUAAAUAAGCUGUCAAAUUCCGCCUUUAUUAAUGUUGGGAAAAUAUCAGUUUACAUUUCUUGCUGAAAGAUAGGUAUAUGUACUAAACAUUCAGGAACAUUGGGUUGCUUAAGUGAUCAACAUUACGUCACUCGAAGAAAUACAAAAAAAAUAAAUACAUAUUUAACGCAUAGAAUCUAAAAGCCUACCAAUCCAACAAAUCAGUGUCUGAAUUCGCAAACUUCUCUUUUUCAUUAACAAUGUAUUCCCCUAGAUUUCCGAUCAACUGGUUUCCCCAAUAUGUCAUUCAAAGAUUUUAUUCUCGUUUUAUCACUGUUUUCCAUUUGUAACGUUUGACCUUGAUUACACUAGGGAAUAAAACGGAAAUAUUUUUCAUUUUUUAUUUCCUAAAUGUAUCAGAUCUAUAGGUUUAUUGUUAUUAUUUUCAUUUCACUAUAUUAUAACAGGUACAUAUUUUAUUUAUCAUAUGUUUGACGCCAUGGGGUGAAAUAAUGUUAUUAGAUAAAUUUGGUAAUACACUAGACUAAGUGUAAUAAAGCUUUGACAGUGACGUCUUUGUAAACAAUGAUCGAAUACACUUGGAGUAUAAUAGGUAAAGAAAGAAGAAAGUUUGAUGUUUCAGCAGGAAAAGCUUACAUGCGAUAAAAAGAAGAUUACAUUUGUGUUUUCCGCAUUGAAUUUAUCAAACUCGUUGAAUAAAGAAUAUUAAUAUUGAUUAACAGCUCAGCAGAGCUUCGCAUUUUUUAUCUGUAACUCGUUAAAUGAAUUCAAUAUGAAAAAACUCUCAUGAGAUAUAUAAGAGAAAAAACUCCUGACCUGUUUUCGGAAUAUGUUCAUGAGACUCUGGUUAAAGAUUCUUUAUACA